AUGAUUUUUGACGUUGCUGAUGAUUUUCGUAAUGUCCCAGAACUCUUACAAAAAGAUGCGUCUGGUUGGUUAGAUAAACUUCAUGUGAUGAAAGAAAUUUUCGAGGCGUUCACGGCCGAUGACAAACACGCGCUCAAGCAGCUUGGUGUGCUAGACACAGCAGAAAGUGUCGUUGAAAAAAUUGAACUUGGAAUUGCAAUAUCAGACAAGGACAUCACUUCGAUGUUACGAGAAUCGAUGAACUCUGGUUUUGGCGAGUACUGUUGGCUUGUAGAACGUCAUCCGCGACUAAUCAAUACUUUGGAGCAUUUUGAGUGUGUCAUGGAAUCGAUACCUCAAAUGGAAAAAUGUGUUGACAUCCGUCCGUUAAAAUGCACUAUGAUGAUCAUACCGAACCUCUUGAGUGGGUUUAAUGAGGACGAACGCGCCAGCUGUGUUGCUCGUCAUUUAGCCAAACAUAAUCUGGUCAAAGGUGGCAGAAGUUGGACCCAGCUACUACGAAACACUAACGGUAUAGAUCAGUUGGUGAUGGAGCUCACCACGCAAUUUUUCUUCUGUGCUACAAAGUGCGGUACAGAAGAACUUCUCGGUGCGCUGCUAGAAAACAUCCCACUUGAUAGGAAAAUCCAAGCUAUCAAGAGCAUUGAUCAUUUUCCAAUGUGCCUCCGUGAAGUUCUGCUGUCUGAUCCAUCUAACGAAGCAAGCCUUUAUGCUGCUACGAAACGCAUGGCUGAAGAGAUGCCUGUUUACCGGUUUAAGAAGGAUGCUGUUUUCCUCAUU